GCUCGGCCUCGGGACCCUCUGUAGCUCCAACCCUGGUUGCUAACAUGGCUUCUCUCCUGGCUAAGGAUGCCUAUCUGCAGGACUUGGCCAAGAAGAUCUGCGCGCAGCCUGGCCCUGAGCGGCAGAGGAGCCAGUGGGCUGUCAGAACAAAAGGCUCAGAAGCUGCUGGACCCCCAAAAAAGAAAAGGAAGAAAACACAAAAUAAGUCUCGGAAGCAGGAGCAGAAAGCUAUGGAGCACAAGACUAAACCCCUGGGCAAGAAGUCCCCCACCUCUUCUAGUGCCAAGAAACCAGGGAUAUCCAAACAAGGGAGCUCCGGCUCCCUGGGGUCCCCUGAAGAUAGCCGAGGCACAGCGCCCGAUUCUGUCUUUGCACUGGAUUUCCUGAGACAGCGGCUACAUGAGAAAAUCCAGAUGGCCCGGGGUCAGGGUGGCACCAAGGAGCUGUCUGCUGCCACUCUAGAAAAAAGACAGCGGAGAAAGCAGGAGAGGGAACGGAAGAAGAGGAAGCGGAGGGAGCUCCAAGCAAAGCAGCAGGUUGCAGAGGCUGAGAAAAAGGAGGAACCAGUCAAGGCGCCCCCCAAAAUGGCCUGCAAGGAUCUGCAGGAAUCAGGGCUGAUCUUUAAUAAGGUGGAGGUAGCUGGAGAGGAGCCAGCCAGCAAGGCCCAGCGCAAGAAGGAGAAGCGGCAGCAGGUGAAGGGGAACUUGACCCCACUGACAGGCAGGAACUAUAGGCAGCUGCUGGACCGUCUGCAUGCCCGGCAGGGCCGGGUGGAGGAGCUUCGCGAUCAGGAUGCAGGCAAGGCCCAGGAGCUGGAGGCCAAGAUGAAGUGGACCAACUUGCUGUACAAGGCAGAGGGUGUGAAGAUCAGGGACGAUGAGCGCCUGCUGCAGGAGGCCCUGAAGCGCAAAGAGAAGCGCCGGGCACAGCGGCAGCGCAAGUGGGAGAAGCGUUCGGAGCAUGUGGUGGAGAAGAUGCAGCAGCGACAGGACAAGCGACGCCAGAACCUGCGCAAGAAGAAGGCAGCUCGGGCCGAGCGACGGCUACAGAAGGCCCGCAAGAAGGGCCGGGUGCUGCCCCAGGACCUGGAGCGUGCAGGCCUCUCCUGAGAGCUUGCACCUGCCAGGUUCCUGGCUGGGCACCUUCCUACCUGGCUUCCAUCCAUCUCCAUCCUUGAGGGUUGAGGUGGUAUGAGGUGACAGACUGGGUCUCCUGUGUGAGGUUGACAGUUCUUGCACCCCACAACCGAAGUGAGAUCUGACUGCGUGCCAGGACGUUUCAGCAGCAUCCUUAAGGAAGACCAUGUUUCCCGUUCCUGAGGGAUGAAGGGGAUCUGUGCCCAUGUCUUGUGAGGGGUGUGUCACUGUGUCUGUAUGUCUGUGUAUGUCUGUGUUCUGAAUGCUCCAGAGUUGGGAUAGAGGUUGGGGUGAAGUGCCCCACUGACCCCUUCCUGCCCACCUGGUAUAUCCAGUGGCCAUGAGAACAAAAGGUCUUGACUACCCGUUCUGUAUUCACUAGUCUUGGGAACAGAGAAGAGAGCCCAAGAGUUUUGGGAGAAUCUGAUCCAGUCAGGUAUGUCUCUGGGCCAGAGCUUGAGAGCUGUGUUGAAGGCCAGCAUCCAGCUCAAAAAUCUAGAGUCCUUCCUGAGUCCCAGGAUGUGCUUGCUCACCUGUGAGCCAGUUGAUGGCUGCGACUUACAUGUUGCCUAGUUUUAUGUCAGUUUAAUACAAGCUGGAGUUGUCUGAGAAGAGAGUGCCUCAACUGAGAACCCCGCUAGAUUGGCCUGUGGUGCUUUUUUUUAAAAAAACAAAAAACCUGGUGAAUGAUAUGAUAGGGCCUGGUUCAUUGUGGCCAGUGCCACCCCCGGACUGACGGUCCUGGGUUGUUUAAGAAAGUAGGCCAAGCCAGCUGUGGGGGACAAGCCAUUAAGUAGCUUUUGCUUCAGUUCCUGCGUCUAGGUUCCUGCCCUGGCUUCCCUUGGUGAUGUACUGUUACCUGGAAAUGUAACAUGAAGUAAACCCUUUCCUCAAGUUG